AUGGCUUCACAAGCAUUCUUCGGCCCAGAUGGCAUCGGUUCAAGAAUUAUGGAAGACUUUGAACCAUAUACUAAGGACAAAAAGCUUCCGGGCUCGACGUCGUUGACUGCGAUUCUUUCAACACUCGUCCCAACGGUCGCGACUGCUGUCUUGUUCUUAGCUAUCUUCGUCCUUAUCCGGGACAGAUACCGCAGAAUAUACAUGCCCAGGACCUACAUCGGCGUUGUUCCAGAGAAGGACCGAACACCGUCUGCAAGUCGAUCACGGUUCGAUUGGAUGCACACUUUCCGAGUUGUUGACGACAAGUUCCUGCUUCAACAUCAGUCAAUCGAUGCAUAUCUAUACCUGAGAUUCCUUCGGACCAUCAUCUUCAUAUGCUUUGUAGGAGCUUGUCUUACCUGGCCGAUACUGAUGCCGGUGAAUUACACGGGAGACGGGAAGGCGAAGCAAUUGGACAGGAUUGCUAUAGGAAAUAUUGCCAAAGCCAAAAACGGCCAUCUAUAUGCGCAUGCUGUGAUAGCAUGGGUCUUCUUCGGCUUCAUCAUGUUUUUAGUAGCGCGGGAACGCAUAUGGCUUGUCGGCCUACGCCAAGCGUGGCACCUGGCUAAACCGAACGCUACUCGGCUAUCGUCCCGGACUGUUCUGUUUCUUUCUGCUCCGAAGUCUGCUCUCGACGAGAACAAUCUGCACAAAAACUUUAGCAACAACGCUACUAGACUCUGGCCCGUAUCUAAAGCUGAAGCUUUAGAAGCUCUAGUGUCAAGCCGCAAUUCAAAAGUCGAGGAGUUGGAGAGUGCUGAGCUCGAACUAUCGAAGAACGCGAACAAAAAAAGGCUGCGAGCCAAUAGAAGCCAGGGAAACGGAGAAGCGCCAGACUAUGCUGGCCUUCCAGACGUGGUCAAAACGUCAUUAAGACCAACCAAAUACCUAACUAAACCUGCGGGGAAGAAAGUUGAUAAGAUCGAGUGGUUAAGAAAGCAAGUGAAGGAGAAGGCAUCCGAAGUUGAAGAGGCUCGCAAGUCUCAUACCGCACCGGACAGCCACAUCAACUCGGCGGUAUUUGUCGAGUUUACAACACAGUCUGCCGCCCAGAAAGCAUAUCAACAGCUUCCGUCCUCCAAAAUACUCGCCAUGAACCCAAGAUACAUUGGCGUAUUACCAAAGGAAGUGAUCUGGGACAACUUGACUAUCCACCCAGCCAGUCGCAUCUCGCAGGGCUAUAUUGCAAAUGCUCUCGUGGCGGCCACUAUCAUCUUCUGGACCAUUCCAAUCACAGUCAUAGGAGCGAUCUCUAAUAUUGAGUAUCUCACAGACAAAGUCAAAUUCCUGGGAUUCAUCAAUAACCUACCAGCUCCAAUCCUUGGCCUCCUCACCGGUUUACUGCCUCCCUUUUUAACGAGUCUCUUCGUUUCCUAUGUUCCCAAUAUUUUCCGAUGGAUUGCUAAGUCAAGUGGUCAACCUACGAACACGCAGGCUGAGUUGAAGGUUCAAAAUUGGUACUACGCCUUCCAAUUCAUACAGGUCUUUCUAGUCACAUCUCUGUCAUCCGCGGCCGCUGCCGUUGCUACGCAAAUUGCCCAGAAUCCAGCCGGGGUACCGGAAAUGCUCGCCAGGCAAAUACCCAAAGCUUCAAAUUUCUACUUGACGUACAUCAUACUUCAAGGAACGGCCUCCGCAGCGAAGAAUGUUUUGAAUUACUCGGACCUUUUCUCGUACCUCUUUUUCGACUAUUUCAUGGACAAGACACCCCGUCAGAAGUACAGUCGGUACACCAGCUUGAAAGGCAUCGGAUGGGGCAACGUAUAUCCUAAGUUCACAAACAUUGCGAUCAUUGCUAUCGCCUACGCCUGCAUUGCUCCUCUAGUCCUCGGAUUUGCGGCCAUUGGUGUCUUCUUCUACUAUCUCAGCUACCGGCACAACCUGCUCUUCGUGAUCCAGACCAAAAUUGAUACGAGAGGCGAAUGCUAUACUCGUGCCCUCCAACAACUUCUCACCGGAGUCUACGUAGCAGAACUCUGCCUCAUCGGUCUAUUCGGCAUCCACAAAGCCACCGGACCACUCGUGAUGACCGCUAUUCUCCUCGGUGUCACCAUCAUCUACAAUAUCACCAUGAAUUACCAACUCAGCCCACUCGAGAAGUACCUCCCGGCUGAUCUCGAAGCCGCAGACGAGGACGCCGAAGAAACUCCGCUGCUAUCGGCUGCCGAAGAAGGAAACGUCCCGUCUCGUGUCCAGCGUGUCGGCCAGGAGAUGAGAGUCCCGAAGCAAGUUGUGGAUCCUAUCGCGCGGUUCUUUGAGCCUCACAUCUUCGCCUCGCACAAGGCGAUGAAGACCUGGCUUUUGGAUGAUGGCGGCACAGGUGAUGAGGUACAGGAGUAUUCGGAGGACGAUGUCAAGAACGCCUAUACUAAUCCGGCGUUCACAUCUAAAACACCUAAAGUGUGGUUGGCAAAGGACGAGAUGGGGGUGAGCAAGAUCGAGGUUGAGGAGAACGAAGCCGCGGGCAUCAGUGCAACGGAUCAGGGUGCUUGGCUAGAGGGCAAGAAGGUCAGGUGGGACGAGGACGACUUUCCGAACGUGCCUCUUUAUAAGGUGCCCGUCAAGUACUGA